AUGGGGGAUCGAGAGCAGCUGCUGCAGCGGGCGCGACUGGCGGAGCAGGCGGAGCGCUACGACCAUAUGGCCUCCACCAUGAAGGCUAUAGGGCAGGUGACAGAGCUGAAUGAACCCCUAUCUAAUGAAGAUAGAAAUCUCCUCUCUGUGGCCUACAAGAAUGUAGUUGGUGCCAGGCGAUCUUCUUGGAGGGUUAUUAGUAGCAUUGAGCAGAAAACCAUGGCAGAUGGGAACGAGAAGAAGUUGGAGAAAGUUAAAGCCUACCGGGAGAAGAUUGAAAAGGAGCUGGAGACAGUUUGUAAUGAUGUCUUGGCUCUGCUUGACAAGUUCCUUAUCAAGAACUGCAAUGAUUUUCAGUAUGAGAGCAAAGUGUUCUACCUGAAAAUGAAGG